UGAGGCCAGAUGAAGAAUCACCUGGGUUUAUUUCUUCUACUUUUUCCCAUACUAAGUGCCGUGUUGCCGACAGAAUGUUCGGUAAAUUUGUACAUCAACAGCACCGAAUCGAAAAGAAUCCUCGGUGAGUUGGCUUGACAAGAGCACGAAUCAAGUUGUUUACCAUGAAGCUUAUUCGAGAUUUAAUUCUCACAACCAUGGUUAUAUGCUUCUUCACAGGAAUCGAAGGCGAUAUUUACUACAUAAGAGACGGUCAAAUUAAACUCAACGCCGUUAAUCUCAACAUGACUGUACCUUAUCGAGUAAAUUGCUUGAGGUUCAUUUGGUUCUCAAAACCAGUGGUGAGUAUAUUCAACACAAUAUGGAGAAGCCGAUGCUCUGUUUUUGAAUACAAUUACAAGCACUCCUUAAACGGCAAAGUUAUGUUGUUGUGCCAACUGGUCUGCCAAUGCUUCAAUCACCCGCGAGUUGAUCAUGCACUCUCUGGAAAUGUUUGAUUGAGCGUGAUCAAACUUAUUACCUAUUUAGUAUGAGGUUUUUAUGGUAUAUCAGUUGAACCUCUGUUGAUUUCGCUCAUGAAUAUCUUGUCCGCAAGGCGUUUUUAUAAAGCUAACGUGAAAUCCGUGGAUGGUGUGUAUGCUGACAGUUUGUACCUUUUGUCCUCUAGGGAUACUACUAUAGUUUACAACUCAGAUCUUACACUCCCGAUCUCUUGUUCCAGCCAAGAGUGAACAUUCAACAUUUUGGACCUGUUCCUGAGACCAAGAAAGGUAUUCGAUUAAAGAUAAGAGCCAACGUUAUUUUAAGCGGUCAGCGCGGGUUUUUUUUCUUUUUUUUUUUCAUGUAGGUAGAACUUGAAAGAAUGAACCUUGGUCUUAUCUUACAAAACACGUCAAAACGUUUAAUUUAAGACUUAUUUACAUGAGGUUUUUAACUCAACAGUAUGGGGUAUUCACCCAGCAGACUAAAUUGUCUACAACGUACGGUUUGUGUAAGAAAUAUGUCAAACGAAAUGUCGCUUGACGAUUAAUCGACUCUUACAAAUGCCCAAGAAGGGCAACAGUACAUUGAUUGUUGCCUUCAAUGUACGGGUGACUCUUUCUACUGCAUUGAUCAAAUUUUAAUGAAACUGAUGAUUCUUCUCUGUACACAUGUGGUAGCAAUCACAAGACAGUAACAGUUGCACCGUGUCCUUUCUGUAAUGCUUGGCUAUGUGAAAGGUGCUGAUGACGUACACCUUGUUGCUCCUCCACUGGCAGAUAAUCUGAUUGACUGAUUUGUUUUACACAUGUGUAAAAUAUCUCUUACAGUCAGUGGCAUGUAUUUCAGGCCACAAAGGAUUGCCAUGCAUCCUUAAUCACAUAGCAGGCAGGGUGACUCCACACCCCUUUCUUGCCCAUAGUAAAAAUUGCCAUUUUACAUUGUACAUACUAUCUGUCUUCUUUCUGUAUUGCCCUGUUUUGCUGCCUUUUCUAUAAAAAAAAUUACAAACAUGACGGGUUCGUGUGUAUUAAGUUCAACUUCUGGCAGAAGUGUGGUGGGCUGAAACUUUGAUCCAUUGGCAGGGAGAGCACCAAGAUUAAAUGUGGGUUUUGUGUUUGUAGUUUGCCGUUAUUUGCAUGAGCAAAAAGGUUGUCGAUUCUCCAAUGAAAAAUUAACAGUGUGAGUCUUUGCCUGGAAACUUCACACUGAAUGAUGUGUAUUAAAGUUUGUUUACACUUAGUUGCUUGGUAACUGCAACUACUAAGAAGAUACAACUACUAUGCAAGACAAAGUUAUAAAAGAUACAUCAAAAACCAGACACUAUUUGUAUGAUCAUAGCUUGAGUUUAUCAUGGUCCUUUUUUAUCUUGAUGUAUAGCCACUGUUCAGGAAAAUAUGCCAGCACUUAUCAAAGUCUGGACUAAAUAGAGAGUUGUAGAAUUUUUUUUUAUGGAGCUCAUGUCUGAUUUUCUGUAAUUUAAAUGAAUUCAUUCUCUGUAAUUUAAUUAAUUAAGUGCCUGUGACUCUGUACAUUCGUUAUUUAUCUACAAAGGGAUCGCAUAAUUAAUUGGACACUGUAGUAUUUGAUGUCACGAAUGGCAUUCUAUUAACAGCCACCUCUUAGGAAAAAAUCAAUUUGAUAGCCAUAAUUUCUUUAGUGACAUAACUGAAUACCAGAUUUCUUCUCUUUGUAGAAUUCUGUGUAAAUAUGACAUGCAGAGGAACAAAAGAUGGUACUGCUCACAUGCUAAUCCAGAUUAACAUCACUUCAGACAUACAGUUUGUCAAAGAUAUAACUGUGUUGAACUUACGACGAAUAAAGACCUGCCAAAAAGGUACAUACAUAUAUAUAUAUACAUGUAAUAAUGUUCAAGCCUCACUCUAAUCCUUCUUCUCCCAUACACUCCUGGUGUCUAGUUUGAUAAGUACUUUGUUAAGUUUUACGUCUUUUUUUCUUACAGCUGUUGUUCCACUUACUACCAGGAAACCCACUGUUGCUCUUCACAAAGGUACACAUGCUACAUGCAAAUUAUUUUAGAGUUUUUGAAUGAUUUUUAUAGCAUAUAAACUUAAAUUGUGAGUUAUCAUAUGCUUGUCUGGUGCUUACUAAGUAGAGCAAAAUUUCCUCCAGACUAAUAAUAAACAAAGUCUCAGAAAAAAUGGGAAGGGAAACGCUAUUUGCCCUUGCAAAUGGCUAUGUAGGCCUUCACGUGGUUCAGAUGACCAUGUACAAGAGUGAGGGUGUUGAAACAGUUUUGUCAUAAGUUUAAGCUUGGUGCCAUAUCAAAGCAUUCACCGUUAAUUCAAAACGUGAAAUAUUCUGUGGCAUGACAAGCUUCAAUAACUCAUUAGUUCUGAUUAUGGAUGUAUGGAUAUUGUUUUAGUGUACUGCAAAUUAGAAAGUAGUUUUUGAUAGCCCAGGGCUAGUAGAUGGCUAGUGACAUCUGUUCCUAACUUGCCUGACAGACAAGAUCAGACAGAAGAACUGUGAUCAAUCCUGCUCUUCAAAAAUAAAUAUUGUCUUUGGCUAGUUAAGAAAUGACUUUUGGGCUAGUUAUACAAGCUAUAUUACAGCUUGGCAGAAUAGCAAGCUGUAAAACUGCACCCUGUGUUUCAUUGCACGAAAAAUCUGCCUCAAAAUCUGCCUCAAAAUCUGUCACUUUUUCAAAAAUGUCAAUCUCAGGUGCAGACUAAUCCUGUUUUGAUCAGUAAGCAAAGAAUUUUAUAUUUCCAAAAUAUCUAGGGAUUAAAAUAGAAAUCACUGUUUGAGACCACAGUUCCUGUUUUCCUUAUGAUCCCCUUCCUGCUUAUCAUGUUUAUGUUGCAACCAAACACAGUCUGUCUGACUUUACUGGCACCUGCAGUUUAUAAAUAACCCUGCUAUUUCUGGCAGUGUUUUAAGUCUUAUUAAAUGGACCUCCAAUAAAAUACCUUACAUCUUAUUUAGCCAAAGGGAAAAUGCAGCCUACAAAACGUCGUUUUAACAAAUUAAAUUGUAACUGUGAUAAAUGAUAAAUUAAAGCCCAGUUCAUGUGUUUUGCUUCUGCUGUACACCACAUGAUGCCUGAAGAAAAAUUCUCAAUGUGGUGCAGCAGAGCAAGUUCCACAAGGUCUCGACUCUGGUACAGCCGUAAUUCAAAUGUCGUGCUUAUGCCGUGUCAAACUAAAUGUAUAAAUUUCGGAAAUGUAUUUUUGUGGGAAUUGCUAUCCCGGAAGUACCCGUUAGUGGUAUCGAGGAAAAAUGACUUUCCCUGAGCAUGCACAUUGAGUCUGUUUAUAUUUACAAGCAUGCUUUGCUGCCCAUUGGGGGUUAGGGUGAAGAGAUGGAUGACAAUUCAGGCUACACCACUUGCUAAACAGUAAAGGCACAUUGCCAAUCUAAAUGCUGGUGGAAUUGGAUCCUCUGUGACAGUAUCAUGUUGUAAAUCAUGUUGAAUAUGACCAAGGAUGAAAUUAAAGGUGGCUUUUAAUAUGAGGAUUGUUUUCCUGAAUUUCUCAUCAGUGUAUGUGUUAGCAUACUUCUUCGAACUAAUUAACCCUUGUUACAGGGAAGCUGCCGACAUGAUUGAUCAGGAGUAUUUUCUCAAAAGAAAUAAGAUGAGCAGCAAUAUAGCAAACUUCCAAUAAUAACAUUGGUCUCAUGUACAAAAGGAGAAGGCUUUUCUGCUGCAUUUGUUUCCUUCCUCCCUCUGAAUUUUUUAAGAGCUUUAUGAGUGGCAAUUUAUGCUGUCAAGUUUACAGUGCAUUGUCAUUUUUACCGACUACUGUAUUGACUACUGUACAAACCCAAUAAUUAAGUUAGACUCUCGAUCUAGCACAACUUCUGAAUUGAAGUUGUGCUUUUGCCAUGCUUCUAUCGAACCCAGUAUUGAUUAAGUUCAGCGCGUCAGUAUCCCAAUGCAUGAACGGGGCCUUAGUCUUUAACCUUAAUUGGCCAUUCUGAAUAAUUAUUAAAAUGCAUAGUAAAGAAUUGAUGUUAUUAUUCUUUUCAGGUAAGACUGAACCAAGCACAGCUGCUGAUCCUCCGAUGGAUAAAACCACUGUGUUCUACAUUGCAGUUGGAGUAGCCUGUGGCAUCAUUCUAAUCAUGGCCCUUGCUGUGGCUGCAAUUCAUGUCCAUUCCAUGCCAAGUCCAAAUAAAGAAGGGUUAGUAAUGUACAUGUAUGUUAUGUUUGUAGUCAGAGCUUGCUUAUUAUGUCUUGCUUCGACCCCUUGUACAGAGUACAUUGCUCAGAUCAUCAAGCGUCAAAUUGCAAUGCAGCAAAUUGGUUAUUCCAGACAAAAUUUACAGCCUCCCAACAGUCAGGCACAAAUAUUAUUUUUGACCUCCUCCUCCCCCUCCCCCCAGAUUUCCAAAACUGCUUGAGUUUCCCUCCCUUAGGAUUUCCAGGUUCAAAGAACCCCCCCCCACACACACACACACACACAUACCCUUCUGGAUUAUGUAACUCUUGUUUAAAUGUGUUGCAUGUGGCAGCAGAGGGGGGAAAGAAUCAGGUGAACUUCCUUCUGUUUCCAGUCAUUCACUCCACUCUUAAGGAUGUGAAAUUUAAACAAAAACUCUAUACGCAUCUUCAUUUAAUAUGAACUAAAACAUUAUUUUUGGUUAAUGCCAGCACUUUUUUUUCCUCUAUGCCUACAGUGAAACUGAUGGUGGAGGUGGACAAGCUAGCCAGUUAAAAACACCCCUCAUUGCUGCGGAUGCAGAUGUACUGCCAUUACAAGUACAAGUAGCUGUUAGGCCAGGUAUUAAGACCUAUGCAACCCUUAAUGUCUUAAUGUAAAACUGGGUGUUUGUGUGAACAUUUCUUCACAAGACUCCAUAAUAAAUUAAUCGAAAUUUCAUUCAGUGCCCUCAACUUGUAUGGUUUACUCUAUAGUUCCAGGAAGCCUAUAGUUUAUAAGCCCCCGGCUUCUAUACAGCCUUCCUUGCCUUUACCACAUUUGAUCUUGUAAAUAAUUUAGUUGGAAUAUUGUAUAUUAUCUUUAAUGUAUUUCUGUAUACUGUUGUUGUAUUUCUUGUUAAAGGCAAAAUAAAAUGAAUGAAUGAAUGAAUAAUAUGCAUGCCACGCACCAUGUUAGGAUUAUUAGGGAGCUUAAGCAACAGCAUUUUUGAGCAACGGACGUCAACCGGAAGUGGACUUUUUGCAUCAUUGGGGAGUGGUUUGGUUGAAACUCUCGGGUAAAUCGUCUUUAAAAGAGAAAAGAAACUCAGCAAUACAAGUUUGUUAGCGUCAAGGCAUAUAAAAAGGGAGAAGGCCUCACUUCCGGUUGACGUGCAUCGCUCAAAAACAUCUUUGCUUAAGGUCCCUAUUAUCUUGAGAAAAUACUGUGUGAAAUAAAACAUUGCUUUUCUCACUAGGCUUUAGGAAUUCCAGAGGAUUAAGAUGCUUUUUGUCUCAUCAGGUUGUUUACUUUUUGUUCUCCUACACUAGAUGGAAAUGACUGUCCUCACAACAUUUAUUCAAAUCAAAGUUCUCUGACAGCCAAUGUGCAGCCUGGUCAUUCUGUGCCACCGGUAAUGGGAAAUCAUACUGUCAUAAAUGGUGAUAUAUCUCACGUGAGACCAAGGCUGCCCGGUGGGUUCCCGGUAAACCGAGACAGUGCCAUGACUCUCACUCCCAGUGACGGCUAUUACAGUGGAGGGGGACUGCAGUCAACGCAAAAGGGAAAAUAUGGAAACAGGGAUAUGAAGACUGAAUUGCAGGAUAUAACGGUGGAAAUGGACAGAAUUACGUUAGGUGAAUUACUGGAGGAAGGUAAGCUGACCUUUCAAGGUGUAGUGGGUAUCUAUACAAUGUAUAUUUUUUACACCAUCAUUAAAACUGCUUUUAAAAAGUCAAAUUUUCAUUGUCAUGGAAAAACUCUUCAUCGAAAGCUUGUUUGUUUAUUCAUCGUCAAGAAAAAGGUAUUCAUAUUUCCGCAUUUACGCGAGUAAAUAUUUUUUGUGUAAAAAUCUUGCAUGGUUGUAUAAUGGCACCAGCAUAACAGCUUCAUUCAAGGAAGGUAAAAGGAGUGGCACAAUAUGGCACAAAUAUUUUUAUGACUUGCUAUUCUCAGAAAACCUCAUCUUUGUGUUACAGGAACGUUUGCCCGUAUUUAUAGCGGUGUUUUAACUGGACCUGGAGAAAAACAGCAACACAGUGUGUUAGUAAAGACAGUUUCUGGAAUGGCUACAGAGGAUCAAGUGAAUCUUUUGCUGAUUGAGAGUUCCAUGUUAAAGGACUUGACUCAUAGAAACCUUCUACCUGUAAUGGCUGUGUGUUUGGAGGAUGAAAAACAGCCAUUAGUGAUGUUUCCGUUCAUGAACAGAGGCAAUUUAAAAUUGUUUAUGAAAAAGUCCAGAUCACCAGAGGGAGGUUCGAAGGUAGGUGUGGUGUAGUAGUAAUAAGGAGGAGUGUAACCUUAGCUACCCUGUACCUCCCCCCUCCCUGCUGGGAUUCAGAAUAUAGCGGGUAGACCUUAUAGGUACGUUGCCAUCGGAGAGCUGAAACUUGCAAAUAAUUUUAUUCAAAUAUUUUCAUCUAGGAAGGUUAACAUCUGCAUGCCAAUUUACAACUAUGGUAUAAAAUAUCUACCAAAAACUAUAGUUGUUAUUAAAUCUUGACUUGUAUAACCCGCUCACCCAGAUGAAAGUUGCUAAAAAGACCUCUGGCUGCUCAAUGCCCAAACAAACCAUACAACUUGAUUGUGCGCAACUUUAAAUGUCAAAAUACGUUAAACAUUCCUUCACGUAUUCGAUAUUAUUUCAACUGUGCUCGUUUCAUAACGCAAAAUCCGACGCUCCUUUUAGCUAGUCUCCUCCUCGAGUACAAUGUGACAAAAAGGGUGAUCAGAUGUUACAAUUGCACAGCUCUCUCAGUUAAUUUUUGCCUUUUUUGUGUUUUUUUUAGUCGUUGACGACUUCAGAUCUUGUGCAUGUUGGAAUACAAAUUGCUAAAGGACUCCAGUAUCUAGCAAGGCGAAGAAUUGUCCACAAAGAUGUAGCGGCAAGAAACUGUGUGUAAGUAUACUGAAACAAACCGUUAACAAAAAUCUAAAUCUUUAAGCUACAAAAGGCUAAGCAGAAGACUCACGUAGUUGUCUUAAAAGCUAUAAAUGGGCAAAAGAAGGGCGUGAAAUACUCUGGCUGCCUUUGCUCCCUUCGGUUUGUUUGCUUGUUUGUUUGAACUGCCGCCCUCGUAACUCAGUCGGAGGAGCGCCGGACUACCGAGCGGGGGGACGUGGUUCAACCCUCCUCCCCCCCCCCCCCCCCCCGGACCAGAAACCAAGAUCAUGGUGGCUGUGAUUCACGAUCUUGUCUUAGUUCAGGUGAUCGCGUAGUUAGGUUCAAGUGGGGUAUUUCACGUAACAUCUUUGAUGAGAAAGAAAAGACGAUCAUACGUUUUAAGCUUAGCGAAUUAACUGAUUCACUAGAGUAGCCUCGUGUCUCGUGGAAAUGCUUCAAUAAAAAUGUUUCUCUCUUCUUCUUUUAGUAUUGACGAUGAUUUUAACGUGAAAGUAACUGACUGUGCCUUAUCAAGAGACUUAUUUCCACAAGAUUACUGUUGCCUUGGAGACAAUGAAAAUAGACCUGUCAAGUGGAUGGCUGUGGAGAGCUUGGAACACGGCAGAUAUACAGUGGCGAGUGAUGCGGUAAGUUCAUCAAGAGACACUUAGACUGUAAAAUGUUUUGUACUGGGGUAAAACACGGUGUUUUAAGGGGUUACCGGUCGUUUCGAUAGAAGUUUAAAUAGUUCCACUCACUUGGCUUAAAGGAAGAAGAAUAUCCACCCCAAAUGUUUUUUCUUGUUCGCGCGCAAACUAUACUUAAAGUGAACGAAAUUUUUGUGCAAUUUCAUAAACGACUUGUAUCGAAACUACUUUGUAUCGAAAUGACCGGUUUCCUUUCUGAAAAGAAGAAGGAGGAGAGAUAAGGAGAAAGGGAAGAAGGCCUGUCACAAAGGCAUUCAUGGACAAGUUGAGGUUUUCAUUAAUGAACGUUUAUUAAACACAGUUUUGAAGAUACUCUUCUCUUCGGGGCCGGUUGUACGAAGCAAACUAAGUGCGCUCCUGGCUUACACCUUUUUGUUCUUGAAACAACAUUCUCGUACUGGUGACCACUCUCCCUUCAGCAUGGUAAGAAAUAAAUGGAUGGUCACACUAAGUGCAAAACUGACCCUGCCUGUGAUUUAAACUAUUUUAUAAACAACAGUCCUUUUAAGGACUACUCUUCCGUCAACAUUGUAUGAAACACGUAGACGGGAUCACACCAAGUACAGAAGAAACCGAUUCUUUGAGAGUGGAACACGAUGCGCAAAAUAUACAACAGUCCUUUUAGGGACUACAUGUAGUUUUGCCCAUUGCCCAGACAGUGUUGUCAAUUGAAGAAAAAGAAAAACCGAUUUGCCUGGCCCUGAAACAUUUUCUUUAUUAACUCUGUUUCUGUUCUUUCUUGUGUUCUAUUCUAACUGGUCAGUGGUCGUAUGGUGUUCUUUUGUGGGAACUUAUGACCUUGGGACAGCAGCCCUAUAGUAACAUUGACGCCUUUGAAAUGCUGAACUUCCUUAAACAAGGACACAGAAUAUCACAACCGGUAAACUGCCCAGACGAACUCUUCAAAGUCAUCGCUUGCUGUUGGGCACUAUCCGAGGAUGAGCGACCAAGCUUUGGGCAGCUCAUUGUAUGUUUGACGGACUUCUUGAACGCUCUCAGCAAUUUUAUUUGAGUGGGAAAAGGUGGGCAAGAUGAUAGACAAAAAUCGAACUGUGGUUUCUCUGUAAACCAUUGCCAAUACUUCGACAUGUUACUUCACCUUUGUGGGUUGGGUGAUGUUUAUCUCCCUGCAUACACGAUUUAACCGUAUCGUGUAACUUAUUGCAUUGCGAAAAUACCGUAGUUCUUAACAGAGUCAACGGACAACCUUCAUAGCAACCACCAUCAAGACUCAUGGAAACAAACUCAGAGCCUUUUCUGUCUAAUAAGCAGAGUUCUCCUAGCAGAUUAACAAUAUUUACCACUGCAGUUCAUUGCAGCUCAAAGCCCGCCGCCCUCAUGAGCAAGUGAGGGCGCAUUGUA